GAUUCAGGGACCGGUAGCUAUGCUUGGGAUGCUUGUCGCUUUCUGUCUCUGGAUAAUCUUUGGAGAAGUUAGCCUGAGCCUAGCGGCUAUCCGUAUGUUGAUGAUGGAUGUACCGAGUCCAACAAACCAGGGAGAAUCCGUCGAGUUGAUCUGCAGCUACGAACUGGACGAAGACAAACUCUAUUCCGUCAAGUGGUACAAGGACGAUGUUGAGUUUUACAGAUACGUCCCAAACGAUUGGCCACCUGGGCAAUUCUUGCCUCUUCAAGGCGUGCGUGUGGAUCUGUCCAAAUCAGGAAGUCAGAGCGUAUAUCUCCGUAAUGUGGACUUAAACAGUGCAGGAAUUUACAGAUGUGAGGUAUCUGCUGAAGCUCCGGAAUUCCAGACUGUAGAGGCCGAAAAGGAAAUGAAAGUAUUAGUUUUGCCUACGGAAGGACCAAGAAUCAUUGGAGGUCUUCCUAAAUACAGAGUAGGAGACACUGUAUCAGUCAACUGCACAUCAUCCAGCUCUAAACCAGCUGCUACUCUAAACUGGUUCAUAAAUGAUGAGAUUAUUACUGGGAAAAAAGAGAGUGGCUACCAGACCGAGCACUUCACUAUCCACCACUCGAAUGGUCUCGAGUCAUCCAGUCUGAGCUUGAAAUUUGUCGUGAGAGAACAUCAUUUCAGAGGAGGCAACAUGAAACUAAAGUGUACGGCCACCAUAUCCAGAGUGUACACAAUGAGUAAUGAGGAACUUGUCUUUCGACAACAGAAUUCAGGGCUACACAUAUUGGAAAAUGCGAGCCGUGUGAGAAAUUCAUCUUCAAGACCAUGCUGCAGCAAUUUUGUGCCGAUAAUAGCAAUUUAUUUCCUGCUCAAAAAAUUCACCGAAAUAUUGGCACAUUCCCUUCGGACUAGCAAAACUGACAAUCUGGCUGUCUGACAAUAAAUUGACUUCUAUGGGAAACAUAAUUCCAUAAUCUGUGAUACAACAAUAUGUGCAUCUUCAAUAUGUCGGUGGAUAUCUGUAAGAUCCUGCCCCCACAAAUGUCAUAGCAUUGUUCCUGAAUGUUUAUUGUAACUUUAAUAUAAGCGAAAGCAAAUAUAUCCUGCAUUUUAAGUGGUGAAUGUAUGUUUAUAGAGAUUUGUAUUUAUUGAUGUUAAAUCCAGUGCAUCAAAAAGCACGAACAUUUU